AUGAAUUUCAUUGACUAUGCAUUAUUCAUCAAAUUUCUCCUUAUUGUUGUUGUCAUUUACAUUUUUCCCUAUAGGGGGGAAAAUUGGAAUGUAUACAUGGAAGAGAUAGGAGGUUUUCUGGAUGGCGAACUCAACUAUAGCAAGCUCAAAAGUAACAACGUAUCCCUGAAUUCACCUGGAGGCUUUGUUUGGCUCUAUAGCGCUCUUUAUUACAUCACUAAAGCUGGUGCAUCGAUUAGCUUAGCGCAAAUAAUCUUUUCAUACGUGUAUCUGAUAACAUUCGGAAUGGUAUUGUCUUUAUAUCGUCAAGCCGAAUUUCCAUCGUGGGUGAGUACACUACUUUUCGUCUCGCCUCGUAUCCUAAGCACCUAUUCCUUGAGCCUCUCAAAUGACUGCUGGGGUAUGUUUUUCUUAUAUGGUGCUAUCACGUUAAUUGCUGGUCGGAGAUAUUGGAAACUGGGAUGCCUCUUAUAUAGCAUGGCAGUUUCUGUUAAAUCAAGCUUGCUCUUAGUUGGACCUGGUUUGCUUUAUGUACUGUUUCGUUCACUAUCGUUUUUUAAAGUGUUGUAUUGUUUGGCGGUAUGUGUUUUGUGGCAACUCGUUGUAGGUUAUCCCUUUAUUUUUGAUGAUUGGCGAUCGUACGUGGGAAAGGUCUUUGCAUUGAGGUCGAUCUUUAUUUUUGACUGCCCAGAAAAUGAUCAAUUGUUUGAAAAAAUCUUAUGCACAACACCCUAUCGAACGCAUGUAUUUCUAGCCAUUGUUGUGGUAAGUUGGUUGUUAUUGUGGCGGCUGCGGUGGAGUACACGAUGGCGUAUAACAGUGGAUGAUGAAAAAAAGGAGGGAGAGAAGAAUGAUAUAUUUCAUGAGAAGGACUCUUGUAGAAGUCAUAUGAUAGUUCUAACUUUAUUUGAGUCUAAUUUCGCUGGCUUGCUUGUGGAAAGCAUAUUUCACUGCGGGCUUUACACCUCUUUUUUUCACAUGCUUCCUUACAUUUUGUACAGCACUGAAUAUCCUAUUUGGCUCAGUUCUGUUGUGCUAGGUUUGAUCAUACAAGGCUUUGAAAUUUUCCCACCUACACACGGUCAUUCUAUACUCAUGAUGACAGGUAUCAUAUCAUUAAUAUUAGGAAUUUUGUUCUUUGGAACCAAUAAUAACAUCCGGCGUGCACACAAAAAAGGUGCUGCUAAAAUUAUAGAGGAGGAAUAUGACUCCAAUAAUUUUUCUUUACCGAGCUCAUCUAAAGUAUGA